GGUGUAACUCUAUCCAGAGGAGACAUUGCCAGGAACAGUCUUACUCUCCCAACAUGUCCUAUACAACCUUAUGGAUCAUUUUAUAACAUCCGUGUUUUCUGCAUUGAAGAGAAUGUGUUUUAUCACACUGGAUAACCGGAAGAUUUCCGUUUUGUGCGUAAACGUUUGGACAUCUGUUGGAGACCGAGGAGGUUCUUAGGGGCUCUCGUUUCCCUGUCAAACAUAAUGUCUAGUAUACAAAAGAAAAUCAUUUUCUCUGUGGCUGGUGUUCUUUGCUUUGGCUGUGUACUGGUUGUGGCCGCUGCGAUGGGCACUCAGCUUUGGAUAAAGGCAACUGUUCUGUGCAAAACGGGCGCACAGAUCGUCAAUGCAACGGGACCGGAGCUGGAGAAAUUCAUCGGAAGGGCGAACUACGGACUCUUCCAUGGCCAUGGGAUGAAACAGUGUGGUCUGGGUGACAGACCCUUUUAUUUCUCUUUUUUUCCAGACCUGAUGGGUGUGAUUCCAGCCAGUCUACACGUAACCGUGAUCCUUUUCUGCUCAGUGCACAUCUUGUUCUCCUCAAUCUCCUCCACGUUCUUCUUUUACAAUGCGUUUGGAAGCCCGUACGAGACAUUGCACGGACCGCUGGGACUCUACCUGUGGAACAUGAUAUGCUGUCUCUGCAGCUGUUUGAUCCUCAUCCUCUUUGCCUCCGAGGUCAAGUUCCACCACCUCACAGAGAUCAUCACCAACUUCAACGAGGGCAGCUUUGCCUACAAGAUGCAAAGCGAAUGGUACGACAGGUCCUUCUGGCUCAUCUUUCUCACCUUCCUCACGCACGGCCUUAACAUUUUGCUCAUCCGCCUGGCGGGGAUCCAUUUCCCCUUUCAGGAGGCCAAAGAGUCCGAAGCUACCACGGGACCUUCAGAUCUCAUGUACUGACCGGCCCUUUGUUCUGCUUCCUCCCCUGCACACAACAUCCUACUACAGUGACAAAGACUUCUCAAUAGGAGUCCUACGUACGUCAGCGUCUCUUGUGCUGUUGUGUUAACAUGUGAAUUGGCAAGGCACAUAUGAGACUCUUAUUAUGCUGUGUCUUUCCCCCAUUCACACCACAGGAGUGAACUUGGAGAUGUGUGAAGGAACACAGUGUGGACUCUGUCAAUCACUCGAACAAUUAAGGGCCACAAUGACAAAUGGCUGUUGAAAACACUGUGUAGUUUCCAGUCUCAGUGGGACAACACUGAUUUUUUUUCCGUUCGUACAUUUUAUAAUCCGUUGUGAGACAAAGAGAAGUGACAAUUGGCAAUAAUACAUUGGCACUUAAAAAUGUAUGAAUGUCACAGUGAGAUCAAAACAAGUGGCAUAAAAUAUCGAUCGUAUUUUACACAAAGAAGUGUGUACGGUUUUAUUAAUGUUAAUGAUUAAAUGCAUUUCGAUGCCUUCAGGAUGUCAAAUAUUGAUGUUCAUUAUUUUGCAAAAAUUGCCGGAACCCGAAAGUUAGUCCUGAGAAAAUGUGUUGACAAGGGACACUUUGAUGUGGUUUGAUAUUGUUAUUCUAAUGACAUUCAUACCUUUAUAAAGUGGCUUGAUUGAUUAAAUAUGUUUAGGGCCUCUAAUAUUCAUAUUUCAGUAAAAAACUGACUAAGAAACUUUAAACUUCUAACUUUUUAUAUCCUACAGUAUAUAUUGUACAACGAACCAAGGCUCUAGUAUUAGACAGAUGUAACACAGACCUAAAUAAUAAACUUUAAUAUAUAUUUGUAAACACAUACUGUAGGGGCGGUUUCCCCGACAGGGAACAGCUAAAGCCCGGAAUUGGUUGAAUUAGGAUAUUUAAGUCGUUUUUAAAAGCAUACUUUACAAAAAACAAUUGUGUUCAUCUUGAGACAAAACAAUCAAAUCUAUUUUAAGAUAAGUCAGUGUAAGUUGUUUUUGAUAUAGACACUUCUAACAUUUGGGUAAGUCUGUGACUGUCUUGAAGGGAUACUUCACCCAAAAAUAAAAAAUUCUGACAUCAUUUAUUCACCUUCGAGUUGUUCCAAAUGUGUAUAAAAUUCUUUGUUCUGGUGAACACAUAGAAAUAUAUUUGGAAGAAUGCGUAUAACCAAACAGAUCUGACUCCCAUAGUUGGAAGUAAACAAUUGAAAUCAACAGUCCCCCAGAACUAUUUGCUGUCCUACAUUCUUCAAAAUAUCUUCUUUUGUCUUCAACAGAGCAAAAAUAAUAAUAAAGUACUUUUUCCUACUAUGGGAGUCAAUCGGGGUUGAGAUCUGUCUGGUUAUAAGCAUUCUUCCAAAUAUCUUUCUCUGUGUAAAUCAGAACGAGGAAAUGUAUGCACAUUUGGAACAACUCGAAGGUGAAUAAAUGAUGACAGAAUUUAAAUUUUUGAGUGAAGUAUCACUUUUAGCCCUGUCUGAAAACCGCCCACUAACUUUUGAUAAUGUUUUGAUGUCUGUAUUUUCAUAGCUGGUUUGCAUUUGUGUUAUUUGUGUUUACACUUGCACUCAUUUUGUGCCAAAGGCUGUGUUUUAGACUAAAAUGCACAUUGUUGAUAAAUACUUGUUUUUAAUUAAUACUUGUGGAACUAAACAGUUGUUAGUGUGGAAACUAUUUUUAUUUUCUUGGAUGUCAUUUCUGAACUUAAAUUAAAAAACAAUUAAAGAGGCCAAUUAUUAUGUAACACAUGAAUAUUUAUUGAUCUGACUAAAAGCAAUAUAGUUUAUUGAUUGAUUCUGAUAGUUUAAUAAAUAGAUGGCAGUACAAUACAAAGUCUGCAAAGUUUACCAACAAGGAUUAUAUGUGAAAUGUUCAAGCUUCUGGUAUGAAUGUAACUUGUAAGGAGAGGAAAGCAGCUCUCAUCACUUAAGCUGUCAUUAAGCCAUUGCUUUGUAACCAUCGCAUUUAAACAAACAAAAAGAAACAAGCUACUCCACCUGCUGCCAGGAAACUGUAAAAUGAAUGGAGUCUGCCUGUCAUGUUAUUCAAGUGAAAGUUUAUUUCUACCCUGUGUGAAUAUAGAGUGUCAGGUAUAUAAGCAAUGUCUCAUGAGCUUGUUUACACUGAAGGUUUGAUCAGUAGAUGUCUUACUAUAAUGCUUGUCUGAUACAACUGAACAAAAUUCAAGGUAGGCUAAACAUUAUGACAUUGUUGGGUCUAUGAAUUGCUUUAAAGACAGGAGAAGAAUUGCUGUGUUCUGGAUUUAUUUUCAGUAAAAAAAUGUUUUCCUCCGAAUAGUUAAAUAUAUUUACAUUUAUUUUGAAACACAGAAAUUUAAUGUUUAGUGUGUCUGUAUAAUUUACUCAUGUUGUUAAAAAACAUCUAAACUUAAGAGAAACUAUUGUAUUUGCAGCUUUACCAUUUAGACUUCUUUUAACUGUUGGGUUAAUUUUUUGAGGUUAAAGAUGGAUGGAUUUUGUUCAUUAGAGGCCAUUUUUAAGGUUAACUUAAAUACAUAAAUUAAUGUUUUUUUUUAUGCAAACAUGUGUUUGUGGUUACUACAGUGGUUUUCAAGUAGAAAGUAUAUUGUAAAUGCACGAAAGUGCCUGUAAAAUAUAUGUUUAGGUAUUUAGGAGUGGCAUAUUUAAAUUUUUGGUAUUUGGGUUAGGUUCGAUGGGAUAAUUUUGG